AAAAUAAUAUAAAAUGAUCAAAAGAUACUAACUGAUAUUGCAAAGGUCGUUGGAGAAUUGAAAUUUGGAAGGCCUUUUGUUGGUUUGAGUGGCAUGGCACACGUCACUUAGAACGGGGGAUGGAAAUGAUAAAAACCACCGUUGUGGUUGCUCGGAGAGAAAAUAGAGGCGAAGUUGGCUUCAUGCUUCAAUUCAAGGUAUCAUUUCGAUCAUAAUUUUGGCUUCAAUCUCUAUGUUCUGGAUAAUUUCUUCCGGUUUUCUACUAGUUGAAUUCUGUUGUGGUUUUGCAGCUUGAUAAGGUAGGGUUUUAAAGGCGAUUUGUUGAUCAGGGACUUUUGAGUUUUGAGGUUACACUGAUUCCAACUUCAAUCUUCAACAAUGGGAAAAUCUCCUGGAAAGUGGGUCAAGACUGUGCAUUUUGGGAAGAAGUCAUCAAAAUCUAAUCUCUCAAAAGAUGCUACUUCAGACAAAAAGAUAUCAAUUACUAUCAACUCACAAUCAAAUGAUUUUAGUGCUGAUUCUUCUGUGAUAUCAAGUCCACUGUGCAAUGUCAUCACACAUUUAGAAAAGAGCUCCAGUGACAACUUAAUCUAUGAUAGUGCUGCAAAUGAUGAUGAGCUAGAACAGGCUGCUACUAAGGUGCAGGCAGCUUUCAGGGGAUACUUGGCUCGAAGGGCAUUUUGGUCACUCAAAGGCAUUAUAUGGCUUCAAGCAGUUGUUCGUGGUCAAAUAGUCAGGCUUUCCGGAAGUUGUCCUCAAAUGCUUCAAAAAAGACAUCUACAAGAACAUUUGGAAGUGGAGCAAGGUUUAGAGGGAGUAGAUUUAAAAGCUGAAGAUGUUGAAGCUGUCUUUGAGCUAAAGGAUUAUCUUGAUGAAAGAAAUGAAGAAGUCAACAUACUGGGUUUGACUAAAGCUACCAUUACUAGAGUUCAAAUGUGUGGAAUGGGAGAUAGAGUUUGUGUUGAUCUUUGUAGUCUCAUGAGACCUGGUGAAGGCCUUUUGGUUGGAUCUUUUGCAAGAGGAUUAUUCCUUGUCCACUCAGAUUGCCUAGAGUCAAAAUCAAAUUACAUUGCCAGCUGGCCUUUCCGAGUUAACGCAGGGCCAGUGCAUGCUAAUGUGGCGAUUCCAGGUGGCAAAACUUGCUAUCUUUCAGAACUGAAGGCAGGGAAAGAGAUUCUUGUUGUUGAUCAAAGUGGUAUACAAAGAACAGCUGUAGUUGGACGUGUAAAGAUAGAGACACGACCAUUAAUCAUUGUUGAUGCAAAGGUUGAUUCACAUAAGGAAACUUCUUACACCAUUCUUCUACAGAAUUCAAAGACUGUCGGACUUGUAGCUCCUACAAAAGGUGGAGGAAAUGAAGCAACAGCAAUUCCAGUGACGUCACUAAAGGUUGGUGAUGAAGUGUUCGUGAGAGUACAAGGAAGUGCUAGGCAUACUGGUAUAGAAAUUCAAGAAUUCACUCUUGAAAAAUAAUUCUGUUUUUUUUUCCUAUUUUUCUUGUAAUCUUGACACACAAUUUUCAUAAUGAAUAGGUUGCUUAAAUAA